AUGCCUCACAGAAACGUUGUUACGUGGACGUCAUUGAUCUCAUCUUGCAUUCGCUACGGUGCUCCUGAAGAAGCGUUGGGUUUAUUCAAACAAAUGCUCGAGGCAAAUGAGAGUCCAAACCCGUACACGUUUUCAGUCGUGGUCCGGGCUUGUACCACUGGUUGUUUGAUUGAAUUGGGGCAGCAAGUUCAUGGUCUGAUUGUUAAGUAUGGGCUUGCUGAUAAUGAGUAUACAGGGAGCACUCUUGUGGACUUGUAUAGAAAAGUGAUAGGCAGUUUGAGUGAUGCAUUUCGUGUGUUUGAUAGGCUGUCAGGGAGGGAUCUUGUUCUAUGGAAUGUAAUGAUGUCUGGGUUUGCACAGGCUGGGGAUGUUAAUAAUGUCUUGAGAUUGUUUCCAGAGAUGAGGGAGGUGGAUGAGUUGAGGCCAAAUGAUUUUACAUUAACGAGUCUUCUCAAGUGUUGUUGUUUGAUAGAAGAUGUGGAGCAAGUUCAUGGUCUUGCUUUGAAGUUUGGAUUCGACGGGGACGUUGUAGUUGGUAGUGCUUUGGUGGAUGUGUAUGGUAAGUGUGGGGAUCUUUGCUCUGGGAAGAAGAUCUUUGAUUCAAUGGAAGUAAAGGAUGGAUAUUCAUGGAGUUCAAUGGUGACUGGCCAUGUGAGAAGUGGCAGAGAGAAGAAUGCUGUUUUACUGUUCAAGAACAUGCUUUCUCAAGGUGUGAAACCAGAUCAGCAUGUUUUGUCGAGUACUUUAAGAGCUUGCAGAGAGAUCGGUGAGCUUGAAACUGGCGUUCAAAUCCAUUCGCAAACAAUCAAGAACGGUUAUCAGAAGGACUGUUUCGUGGGCAGUGGCCUCAUCAAUCUGUAUGCAGGUGCCAACGAGAUAUGCGAGGUUGAGAAGCUAUUUAGAGGUAUGGGGAACAAAGAUAUUGUGGCAUGGAAUACAAUGAUUAUGUGUUAUGCUCAAAUGGAAUCCGGGGGCGCUUCCCUGUGCAUCAGCCUGUUACGAGAACUGAAUCAUAGUGUGUUAACUCCCGACGAAGCAACUUUCAUCGCUGUUAUAAACUCCUGCAAGAGCGCCUCGGAUCUAGCCAUGGGCGUGCAGGUUCACUGCUCGAUAGUGAAAUUACGCCAAGGCUACGAGACUUCCAUAGGGAAUGCUCUCGUUAGAAUGUACUCCGACUGUGAGAACAUUGAGAGUGCUCGUAAAGCCUUCACGGGCAUUGCUCACAAGGAUGAAGUUUCGUGGAGUUCCCUGAUUGGAAUUUACCAUCAGAACGGGUUUGAUUUCGAAGCUCUCAGAAUGUUCAAAGAGAUGUUAGCGGAUGAUAAACCCCCAACACGUUUCAGCCUUCCAUUAGGCAUCACUGCCUGUGCAAAGAUCGCGGCAGUUGAUAUGGGAAAGCAGUUCCAUUCCCUUAUUUGUAAGUUAGGUUAUAACCGAGAUGUAUAUGUCGGGAGCUCUAUUGUGGACAUGUAUGCCAAAUGUGGAAGCGUGAAGGACGCUGAGAAGGCUUUCGAGGAGCAGGGAGAGCCAAACGAGGUAGCGCUUAACUCCCUAAUCUCUGGAUUUGCACGAGAAGGAAACGCCCACAUGGCGAUCCAACUCUUCCAAGAGAUGGAAAGUAUGAGAUUUGCCCCGAACCCGAUCACCUUCCUAACAGUUCUAUCAGCCUGCAGUCAUGCAGGUCUGGUAGAAGAGAGUUUGUUUUUCUUCAAGCUGAUGAUGAAUCAGAGGUAUAAUAUGAAACCGGAAUCCGAGCAUUAUGCCUGCUUGAUUGAUGUGCUUGGUCGUGUGGGAAGGCUCGAGGAGGCGUAUGAACUAGUAGAGAAUGGUGGGUGUGUUUUCGCGUGGAAAACAUUACUGAAUGCUUGUAGGAAUUAUGAAAAUGUCAAGAUUGCAGAAAAAUGUGCUGGGAAAGUAGCAGAAAUUGAUCCCAGUGAUCAUUCUCCAUACAUCAUUCUAUCUAAUAUGUAUUCUAGAGAGGGGAAAUGGGAAGAGGCAUCUAAGUUGAGGCAGAAAAUGGUGCAUAUUGGAAUGCAGAAGAAUCCAGGUAGCAGUUGGUUAAUGUAG